AUGUUCUUCAAAAGAAGAACCUGGCUUUGGUUAUACAUCAGAACAAGUAUCAUUCUAGGGAGCGAGUUAAAUGGUCCAGAACAUCCUGGUAAAAGUAACUGUUAUCAGCUUAAUAGGUUUCACUGCAGCUUUGAGGAAGCAGAAAAUUACUGUCAUGCUCAGGGAGGAUACCUUGCUUACACUUGGAACCAGGAGAUUCAAAACCUCAUCUGGGACUUUCUGGAAGAAGGGAAGAAGUGGUGGAUUGGGCAAAAUUUAAUGCUGCUGGAAAAACAUCAAGGAAAAAAUCACCCGAAUGUCACAGCCCACAGGACCACAAAGCACACCAGAUGCACUUACAUGUCCAGAAAGCCCAAUGGCGUCUCAUCAAAAGUAGACUUGUGCUCACUAAGGCAUUAUUUCAUUUGCCAGGCUGACCAAGAUGCAAGUUAUGAAAUAAAUGGAAAUAAUUCUCAUUGGCAUCCCAAGAAGACAAAAAGAGAAGUCACAACACCAAUAAACAAAAUCUCAGGAGCCACCCAUCUUUCAACCACAUGUCACCAGCCUGUCCAUGCUAACCCUUCCAAGACCCUGUGCCAUUCUGUCAGCCCCUUUGCUUCAGUCCUACCCAGCGUCACACAGCAGGGAAUGCCAGUCACGUCUGUGCCCACCAGCCAGCUUGUCCCUGUGGUGGCAGAGUCCACCCGGCCUGCACCUGUAACUCACGCUGCAGAAGCUCCGGUAGAAGUCACUUCAGGCCCCAGCAAGGACUGGAGUCCAGAUGUCUCCACCGCUCAUCACAGUACGUCUGAUCAGGUGAAUGUGAAGCCCGGCAGUCCACACCGGGUGCAUGUGUGA